CUUGUCCACACGUAGCAGGGCUUUUUUAAAACCGAAUAUUUACCCCCCUUCGUCUAAAAAAAAAUUUGUGUCCACACUACCUCGUUUAUAGGAAAAAUCCGCGUCCAUAUCAAACCGGAGAUAUGCGUUUAUAAGCACAUGCACAAACAUGCCAAGCCUUUAGGUGGCAGUAGCACGCCAAAUCCUGUCCAAUCAGAGUGAACGUCCGUCCUUGUUGUCACUUCCGCAAAACAUGAAACAUGGCGCCAGGCUCGUUUGUUUGGACCGACAAGGAGUCGGAAUUGCUUCUAAACGCUGUUUUGGAGUACAAAGUUAACAAGACACAGGAAAAUAUAGACUGGGAAUCUUGUCAAAGCAAGUACGUGGACAUAUUGACUUUGUUUUUGGAGCAGUAUCCUGCGGAGACCACAAAGGAGUUCCCUCAUGUGCGGGCGGAGAUAACGCGGGCUACUCUCACCACGAAAAUGAAGGCUAUCAGAAACAAAUAUCGACAGGCAGUGGAUAAUGGACGCAAGAGUGGAUUUGGAAGAGUCGUUCUUCUUUACUUUGAGUUGUGUGAACAGAUAUGGGGAGGCUCCCCCGCCACAACUACAAUGCCUUCUGGGAUCGAAACCAAUGACUUGGACAACUCUAUUCCCUCGCCCAGUACAUCGUCCUCAUCAAACAUGGAGCCGAGUGAGGCUGCGUCUGACACCGAGCAGGAGAGCAGUGCACCCGCGGUCAAACAAAGGCGAGAGCUGCUUGAGGCUAAACUGAGGGGACACAAGCACGACCGUCUGAAGAGGAAGCUGCCUGCUGAGACACAGUGGCUACAUGCAUUAGAGGAGGAUCAACGAGUCAAGAAAAAACUGGUGGACUUGUUAGAGUCAUCUGAAAAACAAGCUGCGGACAAUUUUGCAAAAAUGACCAACACUCUGAACAUGCUCACUACAUCCAUUGCUGAGGGUUUUUCUCUUUUAAGACAAGUCAUGCAGCCUCCUUCUGCACAACCUUCCCACUACAUGCCUUAUGAAGGAAGAGGGCAAUAUUACACUCACACACCAUCUAUGCAAUCAACCCACACAAAUCAAGCCUUUCACACAUUCACAAACAACUCAUCCUCUGUCCGAGGAACACCAAAUAAUAUAGCAAACCCCACCAGCACUCCUGCAGAGAGCACAGGGCUCACAGGGUUUUCAUACACACAAGCUCUUUUCAGUGAUGAUUAAAUAAGUCUUUACAGUUUUUCAAGUUCAGUCCCUUUUGGACAUGUAUCAUUUGUUUACAGAUAAGUUUGCACUUGUGUUCUAAGGUCAUUUGUUUACAUGAAUGGUGUUUGAUGUAGAAAAAAGAACUGCAUAUUACUUGCACUAAGGUCAUUCAGAAGGCCUCUUUAUUUUUCAAGGUUUUGGAUGUACUUUUUUCAUUUUGAGAUGCAUAUUGCACUUUUGCAUGUUCAGUGACAAGCACAAUAUGUUUUGUCAAGUAAGAUGAAUAAAAAAAGCGAAGACAUGUCUAUGUGCAGUAAAUACAGCAAACAUAUGAACAUACAUUUUGGGUGCAAUGUUUCAACAUUAACCAGAACAAUGUAUAAAAUGGUGCUUAAUAUUGGAGAUAUCUUAAGCUCAGAAAUGACAUAGUAGCAAAGAACAAAUGUGAGGCACUUGAGAACUUUCCAAUACUAGUACUACUACUUUAUGCCUUAAAGUAAAAAUGCAAAAGUGUUUGUUUUUUUUUUAUCUGCACUUUUACUCUUGCAAUAAAAAGUCAUUGAUCCACGA